AUGUCAACAUCAGAGAACACAACAACUACUAUCGUUCAUGAAGCCAUCAAUGAAGAAUACGAGUACAUACAAUAUAACAAACAAUUGAGACUCAUUCGUUCGGUCAAAGAUGACAUGUACCAAAUGCAAAGUAUAAUGAAUGCUCUUCGUUCUACAAAGCAAGAGGUUAGAAAUGAGGUGAGAUCUAACAUGCUAACAUAA